AUGAAUACCGCUUAAAAAUUUGCUGAGUUAUUUAAAGUAUAUGGUCCUGCUGUCAUUGUAUCUUAGCUUGGUGUAUGUGGGUUGUGGUAUGGUACUGUCUUUGCUGGAGUAAGAUCAGGACUCGAUUAUAAAGCAUUAGCUGUAAAAGUUGGAGUAGAUCCUGAAAACGAAAAGUUAAAAACUGCUUCUGAUGCAGCUAUAGCUUAUAUCAUUUAUAAAGCAAUGGCUCCUGUUCGUAUCCCUAUAACAAUAGCAAUCAUACCUUUUGUAGCUAAAUUAUUAAGAAUAGUACCUAAGUGA